UCAAAAUGGGCAAAAUGGUUUACAUUGGAGCAGGAGUUUUUGUGCUCGUACUGGGUCUUGCUAUUGGAUUGAGUCUUGGUAUGAAUUUAAAAUUAUUUAAGGGAAGUGAUGCUCUUAAUUAUGCACCUUUGAUUGACGGACACAAUGAUUUGGCUUGGAAUUUGUACCUGAAGCUGGAAAAUAAUUUAAGUGCUUUUCGUUUUGAAGAUGAUCUUAAGUCUGAUCCAAUUAUGGGAAAUGGAGGGUGUCGUUCUUGUCAUACUGAUUUGCCAAGAUUAACUAAGGGAAAGUUGGGUGGACAAUUCUGGUCAGCAUACACAAGUUGUGACUCACAAUACAAAGACUCUGUUCAAUUGACCCUGCGACAAAUAGAUGUUAUAAAAAGAUUAAUUAAAAAAUAUCCAUCAAAUUUAGAAUUCGUAACAGAAUCAAGUAAAAUUGAAAGUGCAUGGAAAAAUGGUAAAAUAGCAUCAAUGAUUGGUGUUGAAGGUGGUCAUUCAAUAGACUCAAGUCUUGCUGUUCUUAGAUUGUAUUAUGAACUUGGUGUUCGUUAUGUCACACUUACCCAUACAUGCCAUACACCUUGGGCCGAUGCUUCACCAAUUAAUGAAGGCUCUCUCUAUAAUCUUACUCAAUUUGGCAAGGUAGUUGUGCAUGAAAUGAAUCGUCUUGGAAUGAUUGUAGACCUCUCUCAUGUGUCACACACUGUCAUGAGAAGUGUUUUGAAUAUAACAAAGGCACCAGUUAUUUUUUCCCACUCAUCGGCAUUUGCUAUUUGUGAUCAUUACAGAAAUGUACCUGACGAUGUUCUCCAAAUGGUUAAAAAAAAUAAUGGCAUUGUCAUGGUUAAUUUUUACAGUGGUUUUAUUAAUUGUAAUUACACUAGAAAUACAACUAUUGAAGAUGUAGUUGCUCAUAUUAAUCAUAUUAAAAAUUUAAUUGGAGUCGAUCAUGUGGGUAUUGGUGGUGAUUACGAUGGUGUUGAUUCAACACCAGAGGGACUUGAAGAUGUAUCAAAAUAUCCAAACUUGUUUGAUAGACUUUAUGAUGUUAAAAAUGGUGAAACUCCAUGGAGUCAGAGUGACCUUGAAAAACUUGCUGGUCGUAAUUUAAUUCGGGUUUUCCAAUCGAUUGAGCAAGUUCGAGAUUCAUUGUCAUCAGAAAUUGCUAGUGAUGUUGUAAUAGCUGGAAAUGAAUUAUUUUCAGCUCAAAAAGAAGAUGGAAUUAUUCCAGGAAGUUGCCAAACAGCUAAUGAAUGGGAACAAUUUGAUAAAACUACAAAAUAAUUAUUAAAUUUUAUUUUUUACAUUCGAAUUAAUUUUAUUGAAACUUAGAUAUUAAAUCUAUUUUAUUUUCAUCGUAAUUUUAAAUUUGAUUUAAUUUGAAGAAUUAAAUUAUCGUAUUUUUGAAUAUUACUAAAAUUUGUCAAUAUAAAUUUAAUUUAUACAAGAAUAAAUUUGUUAAAAAAUAGAUGAUUAGAAUUUUUUAAGUGUUAAAUUUGUUAAAUUUUUUAUGAAAAUCACUAAUAUAUAUUUAAACUAGACACAAGAAAGUUACACCUGUUCGAUAUAAUUCAAUGCAACAACAUGUUUACCUGUGACUGACAUUAUAAAUUUAUAAAUUGAAUAACAUUUACGCAACAAUUGCGAUCAACAUGCGAGGGCCGUUUUGAGUAAGUCGAAACACGCGAAUAAAAUUCGUUGAUAAAAAAUUUAUGUUUCUACAACAGGCUCAUCUCUUCUAUUUACCUUCAAUAAUGAAUAAAAAAUAAAUUAAAAAAAAUAACCAAUACCUUACAUGAUCGAAAAAAACUUACUCAAAUUGAUUCGUUAAAAAAA